AGCUGUGGUUCAGUUCCUUUGGUUGUUUGCGUUUGGACUUUUUGCCACUGACAUAUUUGUAAACGCUGGCCAGGUUGUGACAGGGAACCUGGCUCCCUACUUCCUGACUGUUUGUAAACCCAACUACACUGGAAACGACUGUCGGGCCCACCACCAGUUCAUAAACAACGGCAACAUCUGCACUGGGGAUGUGGAGGUGAUUGAAAAGGCAAGGAGAUCCUUUCCAUCCAAACAUGCUGCUUUGAGCAUCUACUCAGCUUUAUAUGCCACGAUGUACAUCACAAGCACAAUUAAAACAAAGAGUAGCAGGCUAGCCAAACCUGUGCUGUGCCUGGGCACCCUGUGUGCUGCGUUCCUCACCGGGCUAAACCGAGUGUCUGAGUAUCGGAACCACUGCUCGGACGUGAUCGCAGGCUUCGUCCUGGGGAGUGCUGUAGCUUUGUUUCUGGGGAUAUGUGUUGUCCAUAACUUUAAAGGCACUCAUGGAGCUCCUUCUAAACCGAAGCCUGAAGACCCACGAGGAAUGCCACUAAUGGCUUUUCCAAGAGUGGAAAGUCCUCUGGAGACACUGAGUGCACAGAAUCACUCUGCCUCCAUGACUGAAGUAACCUGAGAUCGAAGAUUGGCAACUGAAGCUAUUUUUUAUUACCCUCCAGUACAGUACUCCAAGACACACAGUUACUAAAUGUCUAACUGUGAUGACCAGUAUUAUGUUAUGUCUAGUUAGAGGCUAAUGUUUUGUACUUUUUUUGUAUGAGGAAGUGAUGUAGCUUGCCCUGAUUUUUUGUCAGCUUUAAUAUUAUUAUG